AUGCCGCGGUCGAAUUGGACUUCCAAUCCGACAACAACUAAUAAGCAAGUCUUCCACACCGACUCGGGUGAUGUAAUUGCGCUCUUUGCACUUGGCGAAGCCGCUGAAGGUGGCCAGAGCUACCUCUCGAGCAGUUGGCACGUGUACAACGAGCUGGCUAGGACAAGGCCCGAUUUGAUCCGCACCUUGGCCGAGUCAUGGAAUGCCGACGAAUUUGGAAAGGACGGCAGAUCAUAUAGCACCAGGCCCUUGCUUCAUCACCAGCCAGCAGCAGACGGUAAACCCGAGCGUUUGAUCAUUCAAUAUGCCAGACGCAGCUUCACGGGCUACUGGGGCUUGCCACGGUCCUCUGACAUCCCCCCCAUCACCGAAGCGCAAGCCGAGGCUCUGGACGCGUUACAUUUCCUCGCCGAGAAAUAUGCCGCUCACUUGGACUUUCAUCAAGGCGACAUUCAGUAUGCCAACAAUCUGAGCAUAUUCCAUGCCCGUGGAGGCUUCGUAGACUCCGAUGAGAAGCAGCUAUGGCUGCGGGAUCCUGAGCAUGCAUGGAAGACGCCAGAUGCCUUGCGAGAGAGGUGGGAUCGUGUUUACUCGGGCGUCACUGCGGAGAAGUCUGUGUUCCCCUUGGAGCCUCAGAUUCGCAGUGCCAGUCGAGGAGAGUUCGAACCUGAUGAGAAGGCAGCGCCGACUUCAUGA